AUGUAUAACAUGAUGGAAACCGAGAUAAAAAGUCCAAUCCCGCAGUCCAAUACGGGCUCAACGGCGGGUGGCAAGAACAACAGUGCCAACGACCAGGAGCGGGUGAAGCGGCCUAUGAAUGCUUUCAUGGUGUGGUCGCGUGGUCAGAGGAGGAAGAUGGCUCAAGAGAAUCCUAAAAUGCACAAUUCUGAGAUUAGCAAACGCCUCGGUGCUGACUGGAAAUUGUUGACCGAUGCGGAGAAGAGACCCUUUAUCGAUGAAGCCAAGAGACUGAGAGCAAUGCACAUGAAGGAGCAUCCGGAUUACAAAUACCGUCCCCGCAGAAAGACCAAGACUUUACUCAAGAAAGACAAGUAUUCCUUGCCCGGAGGACUUUUGGCGCCAGGUGGUAACGCUGUCAACAAUGCAGUUUCAGUCGGCCAGCGGAUGGACAGCUAUGCGCAUAUGAAUGGGUGGACAAACAGUGCAUAUUCCCUCAUGCAGGACCAACUUGCUUAUCCCCAGCACCACAGCAUGAACAGCCCCCAGAUUCAGCAGAUGCACCGGUAUGAGAUGGCGGGACUCCAGUAUCCCAUGAUGUCCUCUGCGCAGACCUACAUGAACGCAGCGUCCACGUACAGCAGUAUGUCACCAGCGUACACGCAGCAGACCUCCAGCGCAAUGGGUUUGGGUUCUAUGGCUUCUGUAUGCAAGACAGAGCCAAGCUCUCCGCCACCGGCGAUAACCUCCCACUCUCAGCGCGCUUGUUUGGGUGACCUGAGGGAUAUGAUAAGCAUGUACCUGCCUCCCGGGGGAGACAGCGCCGACCACUCCACACUCCAGACCAGUCGGUUACAUAGUGUUCACCCGCACUAUCAAAGCGCAGGCACGGGCGUGAACGGAACGCUUCCUUUAACUCAUAUUUGA